AUGCGCUUCAAGCAUACAGGCGUUUCCAAAGUUCUAUUGUUAUCGUUUUCAUCAAAUUUGCAGUUUGAGUUAGACGUAACCAUUCGUCUACUACAGUCUAAUGCCGCGGGCUUUUGUUUUAUUUUUAUGGGGGGGCUUCUAUCCAGAGCUAUUCUUUUGCCGUUGCCAAUAGCAGAAACUGCAGUAUCAAUAUUCAAUACUUUCAUUGCGGGCUUUCUUUGCAACUAUAUCUUCGAUAUUGCUAAUCAGGCUUCUUCUCCACAUGAGGACUACAUAAAUAAACCACAUCGUCCAAUUCCUUCCGGCUUGAUUAGUAUUAAUCAGGCUAAGAUUCGAUGGGUGCUGGCAUGGACUCUCGGACCAAUUACUACCUACUUCUUUUUUGGAAUAUGGGCUACACUGCAUCUCCUUCAUUUUGAGGUGUUUAUAUUUGUGUGUUAUGUAUGGCCGAGGUGGAACUCUUGGUUUAUGCGCAAUUACUUUUCAUCUUUUUCUUACUUUAUCCUUGCUCGGCUGUUAAACCAAGUACUUGCAAGACAAACGGCAAUUUGGAGAAUGAAUAUCUCCGUUGAUUUUAUCAUCUCUUGUUGGUUUAUGGCAACUAUACACAUACAAGAGUUCUACGACCUCGAGGGAGACCGAAAGAGCAACAGAAAAACGCUUCCAAUGCUGGUUUCCAGUAAUGGCUUAAAAGCGUUGCGAGCUGGCACCUCGCUCUUUAUAGUUGCAUUUAGCUCUGGCAUCUUGAUUACUGGGUUGAGAAGCAUGACUCAAGAUCACUUAAUGCUACCACUAUGCAUACUACAACAAAUAUCAUCAUGCAUCCUUGGAUACAGAAUAUCAGCGUCAAAUUCGGUUGAGAUGGACAGAUCAACUUAUCAUGUUUAUUAUUAUCCAUCAAUCUUAAUACUGUUGCUAUCAUUGGUGAUAGUUAUGAGAUAG